AUUAAUAAUAUCUUCGAAGUACAAAAUCACAUUUUUCCCAUCUUUCUCUCUCUCAGCUGAAAUCGCUGCUUCCGGUUCCUGAGACCUUCUUUCCCCAUCUCUCUCCCUAAACUCUCACGCAGCAAUUUUGUUCUUCAUAUCAAUGGCGGCGUUUCCUAGUGCCCUAACCGCACAAUUUUCGAACUGCUACCUGCUAAGCAACCACAACAACUUUAGCUCUUCAUUCUCAUUCUGUAAACUAAACGCAAAAGCAAAUACAGUUGGUCUUUCUGUUCUAUCAUGGCCUGGUAGUAAGACUGCUAAGACCCACAGAUCUCUUUGUGUACAUGGUUUAUUUGGAGGGAAAAAGGAAAGUAAUGACAAGAGUGAUGAUUCCCCAUCAAAGGCUGGAAUAUUGGGUAAUAUGCAAAAUCUGUACGAGACUGUUAAGAAAGCCCAGAUGGUAGUCCAAGUUGAGGCAGUUCGUGUGCAAAAGGAACUUGCUGCAGCAGAGUUUGAUGGUUACUGCGAAGGUGAACUAAUAAAGGUAACACUUUCUGGUAACCAGCAGCCUGUGCGAACUGAGGUAACUGAGGCUGCAAUGGAGUUAGGAGCUGAAAAACUUUCCCUCCUAGUGACCGAGGCAUACCAGGAUGCACACCAGAAGAGUGUCCAGGCCAUGAAGGAGAGAAUGAGUAAUCUUGCCCAGAGCUUAGGAAUGCCACAAGGCCUAGAGGGAUUGAAGUAAAAUUUAUUGAUGAAGAUAAGAUGUGAUCUUGUGUACAACUCUCGUCUCUCGUCAUGGUGGCCAUAUGUAUUGUCAUGGUGGCCAUAUGUGAUGCGACUCGGCUAUUAUCAACACAUCAAUUUUAGACAUGAUGCAUUUUGUAGUUAUUUCUGAUUUGGAAUGCCAAACAUCUCAUUUUCGCGCAGACAAGAUUGUCCAAAUUCUCAGAGUUGGAACAAGAACCAAAUUGAAGCAGUUGCUGCAGGCGCUUCAUACCCAAGACUCUGAAGUUCCGUUUAUUUUUGUGUAGAAGCUUUGUUGGCCAAGAAAAAAAGAGAUUCUAACUUGUAUCGACCAUGCUAUGUUAGCUGGCCUAAAACAUCCUCUCUUCAAUAAGUUUUCUUGGAACAAUAGUGAUUUUAGUGCGAAGUUUUUACUUUUCAGUAA